UUAAAAACAUUAAAUUUGUGGUUAUGAAAUUGGAGAGUACAAUAAUUUUCUGAUCAAAUGGAAGUCAAAGAAUUAAGAUAUUCACGAGUCUAUUGCGUGUGUAAGAGAGAGAGAGAGAGAGAGAGAGAGAGAGAGAGAGAGAGAGAGACUAUUACACCUUACAAGGACAACUGUGAAAUGAGGGAGAAGAAGAAAAUGGCCGGUGAAGAAGUCACAUGAUUUCCAACAGUUCAUGGCACAAGUCGCAUCUGUAUCCACAAAUGUCUGUUUUUUAUUAUUUUAUUUUAUUUUUUCAACCAUAUGAAAUCUUAGAAUUUCUCUGGCUUUAUUAUAAGUCCACUCUUGAAUAAAGCAAAAACAUAUCUCAACAUUUCAGACAAACUGAGAAACAAUACCACAUCUCUCCCUCUCAGCUUUGUCUUACUUUUCAAGCUCCUUCUAGGGCAUGCAAGGUUCGCUCUGAUUAGCAACUUGGAAAGGAGAAGGAUUUCAGAAUCACCUUCAGCAAUAUCAAUGUUUCAGCUAUUCUGUACAAGGGCUUAAUUAUUUUAAGAACCCUCAACAUUAGAAACUGAUCAUCAAGUUGUCCGAGGGACAAGCUACCGAUCCAAAGGAAACGAUCGUAGAAGCCAUGAAAGAUCGUAGAUUGGAGAUUGGUGUACAAGGAAAAAUUGAAAGAAGUGAGGAAGAAGCCGAAAACACAUCAUCAUCUGCAGCCUUACUCUCUUCCCGGAAGUGUUCAUCCUUUGAUUUAAAUGAAGCAGCCGUCGGCGAAAAUGAUAUAAUAACGACAAUGGAAGAAGAUGAUGUAAAAAUAGCAGAAGAGGAUUCAUCAUUGUCAGCUAAUUAUAAUUCCUCAGCCACAAGUAGUACUAGUGCUGAAGAUGAGGAACCAAAGCCUAAAGUUAGGGAAUAUCUUAGAUCCAAAAUGCCUCGCCUCCGGUGGACUCCGGACCUGCAUCACUCUUUUGUGCAUGCUGUUGAACAGCUUGGUGGACAAGAAAGAGCAACUCCCAAGUUAGUUCUUCAGCUAAUGAAAGUGAGAGGACUUAGCAUCGCACAUGUAAAGAGUCACUUGCAGAUGUACCGAAGCAAGAAGAUUGACGAGGCUGGCCAAGCAUUGCAAUCAUACGGAUCAAUUGGGCAUGGAAGAAAUCCUUGUAAUGCGCUAUAAAACGGGGAGCGACAGAAUUGAGCUCAGCCUUGUUCGGGGUCUUUUUCACUGUUCUUCAUUCUCUCAGCCACAUUUAGAUUUCAAAGCUAGCACUUUAAGUAGUUCUAUGGUGCGGACUGGUCGUAUACGGACCACAUUAAAAAUGACAUAUUUUGGUUCUUUUCAUCGGUUAUGCUGUAUAUGUGUAUCUUUGUUAUGUACAUUGUGUACACAUAUACAGUAAAAUCUGACAUUUUUUUUCAAAAAGUAUCAGGUUUGACAUGAUCCAUAUGUAGACUGUCCACACCAUAGAAUUUUCUUAUAUAUAUAUAU